AUGUCAGCCCCCCUGACUACAAGAAACCCCAAUCAUGAAAUCUUGUACAAAGCCCUCUCGGAAAGAUUGAAAAACUUGGAGCUUGAUAGACGAAUUGAAGAUGCGAAAGAGACUUCUGAUUUCUGGAGUCAAAUUCCGGUUGAAGCUGAAUAUCCAUACGCACUCCUGGAUUCAUGCAUGAAGGGAGAAUACGACCAUGUAAAAAGAUACCUCCAGGAAACAAAAAAUCCAGGACUAUUCCUU